ACCAUAGACUCAGAUGGUUUCGAAGAGAUGAAAGAGAGCCCUGCCAUAUCAUAUCUUUGCGGUGGGCUUCCGAGCAUUGAAGAGUUCGUAGAAUGGAUGGGAGAUUCCUUUGUAGUCUCCAGUCGUCGAUGGCCGAUCUUCCCAGUGGCGACUGUAGGGUUUAAGCAGAUCGGGAGAAAUCCGGGUGAUAGGAAUUCAUUCGGACAAAUCGGUGUUGUGGUCGAAGUCAGCAAGUCUUGGAUUGAUGUGUCGUAGACAUUAGGGUUCAGAGAGUUCAAAAGCUUGGGAUAAUUUCGUCGAUUGGUGCAGGGCAGAAAUGAUGUCGAGGGCAAUUUGGAGUCGUAGCACUGGAUUGAGGCGUGCAGUAGGGGCGCCUUGCGUCUCGGCGCAACGUGAGUUUUCCACCCACAACAACAGAAAGUACAACAAUCCGAAAGGAGUCCCAACUCUUCGGCAGAAGAGGAUUGCGUCGGAGGUGAAGGAAGUGAUAAGCGAAGCUUUGCAGCAAGGUCCGUGUCAGAAUCCGAUUUUUCAGCGUGCCGGAUUCGAGAUCAAAGACGUCAAAAUGAGCUCGGAUCUGCGAACAGCUCACGUCCUGUGGCGAGCGCUACCCGGAAUGCAGAAGAAUGCGGAGAGGGCAGUCCUCGCCAAUGUGAAGCGCCUGCGCUCGCUCGUUUUCUCGCGACUCUCGCUCCCUUUCUCCCCGAUUAUCAAACUUCAGGAAGACACGCUUUCUCCCCAGGUACAAGCUCUCGAGGAAGCUUUCGCAAGGCUUCGGGAGGACGAAGGGGAACUACAAGAAGACAGUGCAGCAGCACUUGAAGAGGACGGGGGUUCAGCACUUGUAGGAAUGCAUUCUCAAGAGGAUGAAGACUCUGACGACGAUCUUAAAACGAAGUCGCAAGGGGUUGAAGAGGGUUCUCCUGUGUCAGCUCCGUAGUGUUCCGCUCCGAUGCACGUAGUGUACGCCGACUUUAUCACGAUGAUCGAGUCUUUGGAAUGUCAGUUUCAGAUUUUAUAGGCUGAUCUUUGGAACUUCUUUUGGCCUGGAAGUCAUCUAUUGUGCGGAAUGCGGUGACCGCGGGGAUCCAGGUCGCGAGGCACGAAGUGGAGUGCGGAGAGUGUUUGGUCACUCGGUUUGCUCCGUCUAUGAGUUCACCGGAAGUUGUAGCUGUCUGCGGAAAGAGCGAGAAGCAACUUCUAGCCUCACAGGUCAAUAAUGAUUGGCUUUUCGGAUUGACAAAUUUCACUCCCAAGUGCAGGAAUGUUGAACAGCAUGAUGGAGGAUCCUCUUCUGAUGAUGGGAUCACUAGAUGCCAUCCAAUUCAGAGUUUUGGUGGCUAGAUAUAAUCUGAGUACAAGCCUCCGACUGAUCAUGUUCGAGUGUACAAGACUGUCUACGCGAUGAAGAUACAAUAUGCAGGACCUCAGGAAUUCUUGAUCCACAGAGCAACGUGUCACACUCCUCCUUAAUUAUGAGUGCACUGUAGCAUGCUACUGCAAUCAGCAAGAUUAUGAGAUUUUGAGCUUAAGGUGCCUUCAUAUGUAGUGCUCACUUGCCUUCGAGGUUUCAGUUCAUCAUUACAAAAAAAUUGUCAGGCAGAAGCGCUUAAAAUCUCUGAGAGCGUUGUUAGGUUUGUCUGAAUUAAAGCUUAUUCAGUGGUGCUCCCAUCAGGCUUGCUACAUCAACCCUUUUUGAUGCAAGGCAGCUGUUAAUCUAUUUCGGGGCACAGAUCGAAGCAACUUUGUGCAUCCUUCGAAUAUGUGUAUUUCUUACCAUGUC